CGAGCACGGCCGUCUGACAUUAUAUCGUUCCCAGGGCAGUGCCUGACCCGUCAGUCCUCGUGACGCGUCCGUCAGGAAACUUGCCGGUGAAACACGCCACAACACCGCCGACUCGGACUGGCACUGGAGAGCUGCAGACAUGGCGGACAAGAAAAAAGGUGAUCGGCACUCCCUUCUCGGUCCAAACAGGAAAAACGACAGGGCCUAUACCUAGCACCGACCAGGGUGUCGUACAACACAGCUGUCAAUCGGAGUCAGAUCCCCAUGGGCCCCAAACAGAAGAGACAAGCUAGAAGAAAGUUCGUACAGUACGUACGACAGAAGUCCAGAGCGCGAGCGGCCAAAGAAGCGAAGGAAGAUAAUGGAGAAGAGAGACCAGAGUGGACCGGGAAACUGGACUUCCUGCUGUCCUGUAUCAGUUAUGCCGUCGGACUGGGAAACGUCUGGCGCUUCCCUUACCUGUGCUACAAGAAUGGCGGAGGUGCGUUCCUUGUCCCGUACAUCUUCAUGCUGGCCUUUGCCGGGCUGCCUCUGUUCUACCUCGAGCUCGCCUUCGGACAGUUCUCCAGCCUGGGACCCGUCAGUAUAUGGAGAAUAAGCCCGAUCUUUAAAGGAGUGGGCUAUGCCAUGGUGGCCAUCUCCAUGAUGGUAGGGAUCUACUACAACGUGGUGAUCGCCUACACCCUGUACUACCUGUUCGCCUCCUUCACGGCCACGCUGCCGUGGUUGACCUGCAAUAACCCCUGGAACACGGACGCGUGCAUACAGGACCGGUCCGUCUUAAGCGCCAACACGACCAACACUUCCCUCACCAACUCUUCCCUCAUCAACGGUACAGCAGUCAACCACACGGGCGUCAGACCCGUCAGUGCUUCCGAGGAAUACUGGAGAAACGGCGUGCUGCAGCUCUCAGAAGGGUUUGACUAUCCGGGUGAGGUGGUGUGGUACCUGUGUCUGUGCCUGCUGCUGGCCUGGUUACUGGUCUUCUUCUGUCUCAUCAAAGGCGUGCAGAGCGCAGGGAAGGUCGUGUAUUUCACCUCCACAUUCCCCUACAUUGUGCUGACCAUCCUGCUGAUCCGGUGUUCCAUCAUGGACGGCGCCAUCGACGGCAUCAAGUUCUACGUCACGCCAGACUUCAGCCGACUGCAGGACGCGGAGGUGUGGGGAGACGCCGGUAUCCAGAUCUUUUUCUCGCUAUCAGUAGCGUGGGGAGGGCUGAUCAGUAUGGCCAGCUACAACAGGUUCAGUCAGAACUGCUACAGAGAUUCCAUAAUCGUGUCCACAAUUAACUGCGGUACCAGCAUCUACGCCGGCUUCGUAAUCUUUUCCAUCCUGGGCUUCAUGGCGAACGAGAUGGGAGUGGACGUCAAGGAUGUGGCAGAUAAAGGAUCUGGUCUUGCCUUCGUGACCUACCCAGAGGCAGUGGCCCGUCUGCCGAUCUCUCCCCUGUGGUCUGCGCUCUUCUUCUUCAUGCUGUUGUCUCUGGGGCUGGGUACGCAGUUCGCCAUCAUUCAGACGAUAGUGACGUCAAUCAUUGACGAGUUUCCGGAGAGACUCAUGUCGAAAAGGAUGCUGGUCACUGGAUUGGUCUGCCUCGUCUUCUUCCUCCUGGGGCUUCCCUGCAUUACACAGGGCGGGAAUUACAUGGUUGAGCUGAUGAAUGAUUGGUCAGCCGGCUUCAGCCUGAUGCUGAUUGGUCUGGUCGAGUGUGUCGUCAUCGCCUGGAUCUACGGAACGGACAACUUUUUCCGGGAUAUUGAGAUGAUGAUCGGAUUCAGGCCGAACCGCUGGUGGUGGCUGUGCUGGAAGUUCCUCACCCCUGCUGUCCUGUUGGCGAUCCUGCUGUUCUACCUGAUCGGCAUCAAGCCCGCGAUCUACGGCGGCCGGCUGGAGUUCCCGACCUCCGGACAGGCGCUGGGCUGGCUCAUGACGCUCACGUCACUGGUCGUCAUCCCCCUACCGGGCAUCUACUACAUCUGCAAGGCCGAGGGAACCUUCAUGGAACGCGUGCGGAAAGUUAUGAAGCCGCUACCGGAGUGGGGCCCGCAUCUGGAGGAGAACAGGGAGCUGGACGAGCGGUACAGCAAGAAGGGCAUCCCGCUGGCUGACUACAGGGACGCCGACAACACGCCUAACAUCGCCUGAAGAGACUGAGAAUAAUCAGUGAAACAAAACAAUCAUCGAGGGCGUCGACCAUUUCAAGUCAGGAGAGCAGAAGGAAAUAGAUUUGGGUAUUGAAGUUGACGUUCGUCUGUGUU